AUGGCGUCCAUCUUGAAGAGUCAAGCGGCUUUUGAAGAAAGGGCCAAAGAAUGUGGUCUGGCGCAAGCUGAGCUCGAUGUGCUUGUGCGUAAGGGGCUGACUUCCUUGUCGCUCCUUGCCUUCAGCGUCUCGACCCCGGGCGAAGUGCCACAGGAAGCUGAACUCAGGUCCAUCCUUGACCCCACGGACCCCACAACUGUGCCGUUGCGUGCACUGUCGGCGCUGCGACGCCUCAUGUUUGAAGCUCAAACUUUGUCGAUCGCACAGCUCAAGAGCUCGAUUGAGGGUGAAGGUGAAAGGAAAGCCGAGCUGGCUCCUGCCGAGCGAGCAAAUCGCCUGGCCGAUCAGCGCAAAAGGCUCAUCGGCCUCAGCUUGACGGGCCCUCUGGAAAACGCUUUCAGCAAUUACACUUAUGUCGCUCAGGUCGUUGAUCAGGAUUGCCUUUCCUAUCUGGAGCCCCACAGGUUCCUCACCAGGGCCAUGGAAGUGAAUAGAGAGAAGCCGGGGAAGGAGUUGAUCUUAGAUGAGGGUUCGCGUAUGAGUGUCCGCGACAAAGCCCACAAGGAUAAGUGUGGCAUUCAGAAUGAGCUGCAGCUCUCCGAAGCCUUGUGUCGUAGGGCACUUGCCUGUGAUCUUCUGCAGCUCUGCACGUUUGCCUCCAUGGACAUGUGGCACAGGCAUCUGCUUGCAAAGCUGUCGGAACAGCCGCCUCCCUAUUAUGCCAAGGUUUCGAUGGAGCAGCUGCUCAGGUGCGACAAGGCGGCGUGGGUGCGCAUGAGUGAGCUCUUGACUUCUCUUAAGAAGGAUGAUUCCGGUAAUCUACCGAUGGAUGCCGCGCUGGACAAGCUUCAGUAUGAUCCAAAAAUCAUGAUGCAUCUGGCCCCGCUUCCUGGUGCUAAGUGGAAGGGCGAUGGAAAAGGCGAAAAGGGCAUCAAGCGCGAUGCCGAUGGCAAGCCAAAGUUGCCCCACCGUCCCAAUAAAGGCACUGGCAAAGGAAAGUGUCCUGAUGUGUUGUCCGACUCACGCUUGAAGCACAACUGUAGCAAGACCAAGAAGCGCCUGUGUUGGAAUUUUAACUUGCAGGCAGGAUGUAAGUUUGCGAAGGCGGGUGAGAGCUGCAAACGAGGCUUGCAUCUUUGUAUGUUCUGCGAGCAGCCCCACUCCCUUCUCCAAUGCCCGGCUUACAAAGUCAACGAGUGA